CAGCAUGCCCGCCGCGGAGUUCGAUGAUGUCUUGACCAACCAGCCGGUAGUCAUAGACAACGGCUCUGGCACCCUCAAAGCCGGAUUCGCGGGCUCCUCCCUCCCAACGACGUACUUCCCCUCAUGCGUAGGCCGACCAAAACACGAGAGAUGCAUGGCCGGUGCGGUAGAGGGUGACCUCUUCAUCGGCAGACGGGCGCAAGAGCUGCGUGGGCUGCUGAAGAUCAAGUACCCGGUGGAGCACGGCAUCGUGACGGAUUGGGAGGACAUGGAGCGCAUCUGGGCGUGGACGUAUGCCGAAGAAUUGAGGACAUUGAGUGAGGAGCACCCGGUCCUUCUCACGGAGGCGCCCCUCAACCCGAGGUCAAAUAGAGAGACGGCAGCCCAGAUCUUCUUUGAGACGUUCAACGUACCAGCCAUGUUCACUAGCGUGCAGGCGGUGCUCAGUCUAUACUCCUCCGGCAGAACAACAGGCCUCGUCCUUGACUCUGGCGAUGGAGUGACGCACUCAGUCCCCGUCUUUGAAGGGUUCUCGAUGCCCCACGCCAUCCGACGAAUAGACCUCGCAGGGCGCGACGUCACUGAUCACCUCCAACUGCUCCUCCGCGGCGCCGGCUACGAUAUGAAGACGAGCGCGGAGAAAGAGGUGGUGAGGGGCCUCAAGGAGGAGGCGUGCUUCCUCCGAGCGGCUAGUGCGAGCGGGAGCAGCGCAGGGGGCGGAGGCUCAGUAGCGGCGGCUGCGGCUGCGGCUGGGUCAAAGAAUGAGCCGACGAGGAUCGAGGAGUUCAAGUUGCCGGAUGGGAAUACAAUCAAGCUCGGCGCUGAACGUCACCUCGCACCGGAGAUCCUCUUCAACCCAGACCUGGUCGGCUCAGAAUACACGGGCGUGCACCAACUGGUAGUGGACAGCAUCAAUCGCGCGGACUUGGAUCUGAGGAAGAGCUUGUUUGCCAACAUUGUGUUGAGCGGAGGGACGACAUUGAUGAAAGGCUUCGGUGACCGACUGCUGGCAGAGGUCAAGCGACUGGCGCUGAGGGAUAUGAAGAUCAAGAUCUAUGCGCCGCCAGAGAGAAAGUAUUCCGUGUGGAUCGGAGGGAGCAUCCUCGCGUCGUUGUCGACCUUCAAGAAGAUGUGGGUCUCCGCCGAGGACUACGCAGAAGACGGGGAGGUCAUCUUCAAGAAGAUGGCAUCAUUUUAGCGGCGCGAGCGCUCCUAUACGCUUUCUGUGCUUUUCCGACCAUACAAUGUUACCCAAUGCUUUUCCCCC